AUGCUCAAGGCGGUGAUGGCGGAGGCUACCCCUCAAGGCGCCACUGUGCCGGCCUACAAGUUUGCCAUCAACAGCACCAUUGUCCAGCACGUCGUCCCCACAUCGCAGCUGAACAAGCCGACCACCCAGUCAACAGAAGAGGGCACAUCCAAGAAGGGACAGGCUGGCCGGCGUGGCAUGCACAGCGCAACCGGCGGCUACUGGAACGAGAAGACGGACGGCAUGUGGAGCUUCAAAUGGGAUGGCGAUGCCAAGGGUUUGGAUGUCGUCCUUAUGCCCAGGGAACGGAGUUCGAACGCCCUUGUUACUCAAGGGUGGGGGCCCUAUCCUGCCAUGUGCCCCGGCGCGGAGCAGCUGGAGAGGAAAGGCGCGGUUGAGCCUCAUCACACGUUGUCACAGCCCUGCGUUUCCCCGGACUCUGCUCACGCCACCCCUCCGGAUCAGAGCGGCCGGCCCCCUUUUGUGACCUAUUUGGCCACUGCGGCUCGAGUGCGGGUGGGCGUGCUUCGUAGGCCCCAUGGGCCCGUAGGCUUGGUAGCCUGGACGAGCUGGGCCGUAAACCCGGCCGUGGCACAGCAGAUCACGCUACGACGUGCGACAAUCUCUUGCCACAGAAGUCAUAACUGA